AUGGAUUUCAAGUGUGCCCUCGUCACCGGUGGAGCCGGCGGCAUCGGCCGCGCCUUGUCCGAGUACUUCAUCAGCAAGAACAUCAAGGUCAUCAUCGUGGGCCGCACGGAGUCCAAGCUGCAGGCCACGGCCAAGGAGAUUGGCGCGGCGGCAUACUACGUCCUCGACACGGGCUCGACCAAGGACAUCCCCGGGUUCGUCGCGCAGGUGACCAAGGACCACCCGGAGAUCGACUGCCUCGUCAACAACGCGGGCAUCCAGCGGCCCCUGCAGGUCACAAAGGACGACGCCGCCGACUUCCUCGCGCGCGCAGACCAGGAGCUCGACGUCAACGUCCGGGGGCCGAUGCACCUCAGCCUGCACUUCCUGCCGCACCUAAGGCAGAAGGGCCGAGACGGCGCGUGCAUCAUGAACGUGAGCAGCGGGCUGGGCUUCGUGCCGUUCAGCAUCAUCAACCCCGUGUAUAACGGCACCAAGGCGUGGGUGCACUUCUGGUCGCUCAACCUGCGCACGCAGCUCGCGCGCGACACGCAGAUCAGGGUGGUCGAGAUUGUGCCGCCCAUGGUGGAGUCGGACCUGCACCGUGAGCGCGAGGACCCGGACGACAACAAGAAGAAGAACAACCCCAUGGCGAUGACGAUGGACGAGUUUAUGAAGGAUGUGACGCGGGGGCUCGAGGCCGGGGAGACGACGAUCGGGGCGGGCAUGGCGGCGGGCAUGGUGGACAAGUGGAACGAUACGUUUGGCGACCACUAUGCCAAGGCGGCUAAGGAUUGGUGA